AUGGCUGAUUUAGACAGUGUUUUGGCAUAUACUGCUAAUUUGAUGUCGGAUAUUGAUAAAAAGUUAAUGAUAGUCUUGAAAGAUGGUCGAACUCUGAUCGGUUUUUUAAGAAGUGUUGACCAAUUUGCUAAUUUAGUCCUUCAAGAUACCAUAGAAAGGAUUCAUGUUGGUAAACAGUAUGGUGAUAUCCCUCGAGGCUUAUUUGUUAUACGAGGCGAUAAUGUCGCCAUUUUAGGCGAAAUGGAUGACAAAAAAGACUUAACGCAGUUACAAAAAGUCUCCAUCGAAGACAUAUUGGAUGCUCAAAGAGAACAACUACAGCGCAGAGAUGAAGAAACCAAACUUAGAAAUCAAGCCAUGUUGGAGCGUGGAUUACAACCGCAUGGCGAUGUUGGCUCUGAGGAUACCUUGUAA